CAAUAAUAAAAAUGUAAACCAAGUUUUAAAACAUUACUAAUCAAAAUCAUUUCGUGUAUAAAGUGAUCAAAUAAUAUCGCAAUGUUUAGCAAACUUUGGUUUUUAGGUCUAGUUAUAAAGACCUGGGUGAGACACCCGAGCUAUUUUAAUUUUUUGUCCGGAACACUUAAAAAGGGUGAUUCAAAACCUCCCAGGCCUAACAAACAGGUGCCACGACUGUAUAACUUCUCUAUGUCUCCCUAUGGGGAAAGGGUGCGACUCGUAUUGAAAGCCAAAAAUAUUGAGCAUGAGAUAAUAAACGUGCACCUGGGUAAUAAACCGGACUGGUUGACAACAUUAAAUCCCGCGGGUCAAAUACCGGUGCUCGAGUGGGACAGGGAUGACAAAAUCAUAUGCGAAUCCAACGUAAUUUGCGAGUUUCUGGACAAUGAUUACCCAAAUACGGGACCACCACUUGGGGCUACCGAUCCGUACCAAAGGGAAAAGGACAGGGAGUUUGCCACAGGUGUCGACGAGUAUAUGGAGACGUUUCACGUGGUUUUGCAUACUAAGGACAGUCCGACCAAACACUGGCAGACCAUUCAGACUGAGCUCAAAAAGUUGGAUAAAUUCAUAGCCAAUAGAAGGGAUAAUAAAAAGUUUUUAUCAGGUGAUGUCAGUCCCGGCCUAAUUGAUUACAUGGUGUGGCCUAUCGUUGGGCGCCUGAUAGCCACCAUUGAUGUCACUUCCGGUGGUGUCUCGGCUGAGAAUUAUUUGCCUAAAGAGUUGCCGGCUAUACACGACUACCGGCGCCAUAUGCUCGGGGAUAGUGUAGUCAGGGAUGUCAGUCCCACACUCGACCAGUUAGUGGCAUUCAUAAGGAUUGUAAUCGCGUACAACAAGUUGUAA